AUGGCUUACACGCUUGUCUCAGUGAUACCGAUAAGCGACAGCAUAAACGCUGCAAGAAUCAACAGUCGCGAGAGGAGAUUGAAUUUGAAGUAUGCAAGUCAUCAAUUUUAUGUGGAUGAUUUGAAGUUAUAUGCGAAGAACGGGAAUGAGUUACGGAAACUCAUUGAUAUUUUAGCAUUCAUUUUACCAACAUUAAGCUUAAAACUGAAUGAACGGAAAAGUACGAUCAAGCAUUAUCGAGCCGAUGAUGAAGUCGAAGAACAUGGAUAG